GCGUGCUUGCGCCGAGGCGGGGGGCAGACCAGCUGGGGCUGCGGGGGCCGCGGGGCCAGACGAAGGAGAGGGCGGGGCCAGCUUCGGGACCGCGGCGACAACACUCCGAGCGAGCGCCUGGGCCCGAGGAGAGCGAUGUUGUGGUUCCAGGGCGCCAUUCCGGCCGCCAUCGCGUCGGCCAAGAGGAGCGGCGCGGUCUUCGUGGUAUUCGUGGCAGGUGAUGAUGAGCAGUCUACACAGAUGGCUGCAAGUUGGGAAGAUGAGAAAGUGACAGAAGCAUCUUCAGACAGUUUUGUUGCUAUUAAAAUCGAUACCAAAAGUGAAGCCUGCCUACAAUUUUCACAAAUCUAUCCCGUAGUGUGUGUUCCAUCCAGUUUCUUUAUUGGAGACAGUGGAAUUCCCUUGGAAGUAAUAGCAGGAAGUGUUUCUGCAGAUGAACUUGUUACCAGAAUUCACAAAGUCCGGCAGAUGCACUCAUUAAAAGGUGAAACAUUGGUGGCAAAUGGCAGCCAGUCAGAAAGUUCAGUCUCUACUCCACCCACCUCAUGUGAACCUAACAACACUUCUGAAAACUCUCAGUCCAGAAAUGUGGAGCUUUGUGAGACACCACCCACUUCUGAUAGAAAGUCAGAUUCUGCAACAGGAUUUUUCCGUGUUCAGGACGGUCUGGACCUCUCCUGGCGGUUUGCUCUAGGAGUCCUCGAGGCGCACUGCUGUGACCUGCAGAUCUGCAGACUUCCUUCUCCUCUUCCCCUCGACCAAAGGGCAGGAGGCAGACGGUGUCUGGACAGACUCACUAAAAAACUCGAAGAAAGAAGAGAAGAGAAAAGGAAAGAGGAGGAACAGAGAGAAAUUAAGAAGGAAAUUGAGAGGAGAAAAACUGGAAAAGAAAUGUUGGAUUAUAAAAGAAAACAAGAAGAAGAAUUAACAAAAAGAAUGUUAGAGGAAAGAAACAGAGAAAAGGCAGAAGAUAGGGCAGCUCGAGAACGUAUAAAACAGCAGAUUGCGUUGGACCGUGCAGAGAGAGCUGCUCGUUUUGCAAAGACAAAAGAAGAAGUAGAAGCUGCUAAAGCUGCUGCUUUGCUGGCCAAACAGGCAGAAAUGGAAGUCAAAAGGGAGUCUUCUGCAAGAGAAAGAAGCACUGUUGCAAGAAUUCAAUUUCGUCUUCCUGAUGGUUCGUCCUUUACAAAUCAGUUCCCUUCUGAUGCUCCUCUAGAAGAAGCAAGACAGUUUGCUGCACAGACUGUUGGCAACACUUACGGUAAUUUUUCACUAGCAACCAUGUUUCCCCGGAGGGAAUUUACCAAAGAAGAUUAUAAAAAGAAAUUGUUGGAUUUGGAACUUGCCCCAAGUGCUUCAGUGGUACUAUUGCCGGCAGGAAGAACAACCACAUCCAUGGUACAUUCUUCCAGUGGAGACUUUUGGACAUUGUUGGGGACAGUCCUUUACCCAUUCCUUGCCAUCUGGAGAUUGAUUAGCAACUUCCUAUUUAGUAACCCUCCUGCACAGACCUCUGUGAGAGCAGCAUCAUCGGAGUCCUCAAACCUUGCAUCAUCUAGCAACUCAGAAAAAAGGUAUUUGUUUGUGUUUACCCAUUUCAGAAGGUGUUAGUAAUGUUCAAAUUCA